CCUCGCCUAUUCCCUCCUUCGCCGCGCAGACAUCCCUCCUCUCUUCCAAUCCCGCAACUCCUCUCCUUCUCUCUAAGCUUUGCAUUUCCCGUCGGUUCUACUUCUUUCUGCUUGGGGUUUCCGCUCAGUUCAUCGAAUCAAUGGCAGGCAGAGGAAAGACGCUGGGUUCGGGUACGGCGAAGAAAGCGACUUCGAGGAGCAGCAAGGCGGGGCUCCAAUUCCCGGUCGGCCGUAUAGCUCGUUUCCUCAAGGCUGGCAAGUAUGCUGAGCGCGUCGGUGCCGGUGCUCCGGUGUACCUUGCCGCUGUCCUCGAGUACCUCGCUGCUGAGGUUCUUGAAUUAGCAGGCAACGCUGCCCGGGACAACAAGAAGACAAGAAUCGUCCCCCGGCAUAUCCAGCUCGCAGUCAGGAACGACGAAGAGCUGAGCAAGCUCCUUGGGGACGUAACGAUUGCCAACGGAGGUGUGAUGCCCAACAUCCACAAUCUCCUGUUGCCCAAGAAGACAGGAACCUCAGGCUCCAAGGCCUCUGCUGACGAAGAUUAAGUUCCAAGGCCUCCGUGUUGUGACCCCACUCAGAUGUUUACAUUCUAGCGUUAGUCUUAGCUUAGUUUUUUGCUUUUCACUCCAAGAUUUGGGGUUGUGUUGUCUUAGGUUGUUUCGGGUGUUUGGUUAGGUGGGCGUUUGAUUUUUCAGGUGAUAGUGUUGUGAAUAUUUGUCCGAACUCCGUAGCUUUUGUGUUCGCUGCUUAUUGAUGAUACAGGAAAUUGUUAAAGUUCCAUCAUCUGCAACUGUCCCUUUUGGUUGUAUAUUAUGCAAGAUAAUGAUCCUUCUGUUGUCAAGAGGGAACCUUUAUUGGUCAGGAAGUUUUCAGUUCAUCAAAGCAAUGAGAUUGAUGUUGAGGUCGAGAA